CCUGGUCCACCCUCUUGACUGUUCCACAUCUUAUAUCUCCCCUCGCAUCCCAUCUCCACAAGGAUGUCCCCACUCUCUCCCACCCCAUGCCUGGGUGGACAGAGUGAGUGUAUGUGAACAGGAGGUAAAUGAAAGGGGCACAUUUGAUGUUGGCUUUUAUUUGUUUGCUAUUUUUAUUAUUCACAAACAUGAAAAAUGCACUGCGACAUACCAUAAUAUCUCAAAGAAAAGCAAAAUAACUUUAGAGGGAUGCUAUAUUGCUCUGAUACAUAUUAAUCUGGGAAUAUAGAAAAAACAAGGUCUGUUUCUCCCUGUAUGCUCUUAUCUAACAGAAAGCUUAGGCUAGCCCACAUAUGGGGUUUUCUUCACAUCCCAGGCAAGUAAGUUUCCAGUAUACCCCAGCCCAGUGUCAGCUAAUUUUGUUGCAUUCUGACACUAAACAGCUAGAAGCCUCAGUUCAUAGACUGCUCUCCCUCUCUCUUCAGUUUGUUUCAUUUUCUAGGGCAGCCCACAAUACUCAGCAAAAUCCUUAACCUUUCCCCAUUUAUUAUAAAGGACAUUCCAAAGACUACAGAUGAAUGGUUAGACAGAGAAGACACAACAGGUGAGUUACAGGAGGUAGGCUGUGGCUUUCACUUCCUUCUUGGGUAAGCCACUCUGUAGGACUUUCCACCACAGCAGAUGUGAGGAAAGAACUUUAAACUUGGUGCUCUGAGGAUUUAUGGAGGCUCCAUCUCUCACAUAGGAUUACUUAACACUAUUGGUCAUUGCUGUCACUUAAGACUUCAGUCCCUCUACUCUACGUAGAAGAUGGGGACUAGGCCUGAAGUUCAGAUCUAAUUCUGCCUUGGUCAUCUUGGUUCCCAGAAACUUUCCUGAAAACUCAGGACCCUCAGAACUUUAUUUCAACUGUCAACGUCAUCCUAGGAGACAAAUCCAUUCUUAUCAAUCCAGAGAUGCCAGUUGACAUUCAGCGAUGUGGCCAUAGAGUUCUCUCAAGAGGAAUGGGAAUGCCUAGACCAUGCACAAAGGGCUUUGCACAGAGAUGUUAUGUUGGAGAACUAUAGCAACCUGCUCUCCCUGGUUAACUCUCCUGAACCUGGAAUUAAAGAUUUUGUGCCAAAAGGGAGUGGAGAUUCAGGAGAAAUAGUCCAGACAAUGGUGUCAGAAAAAUAUAAAAGCAAUGGCAUUGAAGAGUUUUCCUUCAGAGAAAUACAGCAGAACAUUCAGAAUUUUGAGUUGCGGUGGAAAGAGCAUGAGAGGAAUUAUAAAUCCGCUCGUAGAAGAGAUCAAGAUAGUGGAAAGGAGACAGGAAUAAAUCUUAGGAGAAGUCAGCUUCUGUUAAGCUUCACUUCAGAUCUACCUGAGCUGCGGCCAUUUCCGUCUGCAGAAAAUAUUGAUGGUAAUGAAACUAAGUCCGUCAGCAAUGGUUCUUCAAUUUUCUCAUCUGACAGAAUUUCUGCUAGUGGUGACAAAGCACCCAUUGUUCAUGAAUAUAAUGUUCGUUCUUCACUACUUAUGAAGGGAAAGAAAGCACCCAUUAAGGAAAAAACUUAUCAAUGUAAUGAGUGUGACAAGGUUUUCAGCUAUACGUCUUCUCUAGCGUAUCAUCGGCAAAUUCAUACCGGAGAGAAACUUUACAAGUGUGUUGAGUGUGGUAAGGCUUUUUAUCGGCGUUCUUAUCUUUUGGUACAUGAGAGGCAUCAUACUGGAGCGAAACCUUACAAAUGUAAUGAAUGUGGCAAGGUGUUCACUCAGAAUUCACACCUUAAAAGUCAUCGAAGAAUUCAUACAGGCGAGAAGCCAUACAAAUGUAAUGAUUGUGGCAAAGCCUUUAGUGUUCGUUCAAACCUAACUCACCAUCAGGUAAUCCACACUGGAGAUAAGCCUUAUAAAUGUAAUGAAUGUGGCAAGGUCUUCAGUCAAACCUCAAGCCUCACGAUUCAUCGAAGAACUCACACUGGAGAGAAACCUUACAGGUGCAAUGAGUGUGGGAAAGUAUUCAGUUCACAUUCAAACCUAAAUACCCAUCAGGCAAUCCAUACUGGACAAAAACCCUAUAAAUGUUCAGAGUGUGGCAAGGUCUUUACUCAGAAUUCACACCUUGCAAAUCAUUGGAGAAUACAUACGGGAGAGAAACCCUACAAGUGUAAUGAGUGUGGAAAAGCCUUUAGUGUGUAUUCCAGCCUCACUACUCACCAGGCAAUCCAUACAGGAGAAAAACCUUACAAGUGUGAUGAAUGUGGCAAGGUCUUCACUCAAAAUUCACACCUAGCAAGUCAUCGUGGAGUUCACAGUGGGGAGAAGCCUUACAAGUGUGAAGAAUGUGGCAAAUUCUUCAGUCAAACUUCAAAUCUUGCAAGACAUUGGAGGGUUCAUACUGGAGAGAAGCCUUACAAAUGCACUGAAUGUGGCAAAGCUUUUAGUGUGCGUUCUAGCCUGACUUCUCACCAAGUAAUCCAUACAGGAGAAAAACCUUACAAAUGUACCGAAUGUGGGAAGGUCUUCAGUCAAACUUCAAGCCUUUCAAUCCAUCAGAGAAUACACACUGGAGAGAAACCUUACAGAUGCAAUGAGUGUGGGAAAGCCUUUAAUUCACAUUCCAACCUAAAUACCCAUCAGGUAAUCCAUACUGGACAAAAACCCUAUAAAUGUCUGGAGUGUGGCAAGGUCUUUACUCAAAAUUCACAUCUUGCAAAUCAUCACAGAACCCAUACAGGAGAGAAACCUUACAAAUGUAAUGAGUGUGGCAAAGCCUUCAGUGUGUACUCAAGUCUCACUACUCACCAGGCAAUCCAUACUGGAGAAAAACCUUAUAAGUGUAAUGAAUGUGGUAAGGUCUUCACUCAGAAUUCACACCUAGCAAGUCACCGGAGGACUCACACUGGAGAAAAACCUUACAAGUGUAGUAAGUGUGGUAAAGCCUUUAGUGUGCGUUCAAGCUUGACUACCCAUCAGGCAAUCCAUACUGGAGAAAAACCUUACACGUGUAGUGAGUGUGGCAAAAUCUUUAGUCGAAGUUCCAACCUUAUAAGCCAUCAGAGACUUCAUGUUGAGCAGAAGCAAAUGUGAAUAUAGCAAAGUCUUUAGGCAUAAUUCACUUCUUGCACAAUAUCCAGGAAUACAAUCCUAAGAAAAUAUUAGUAUUGUGUUGAUGAUAAACAGCCAUCAUGAGUUCGAAUACAUUACUUGAUAUAGUGGUAUGCAUGUACAAUCACACCCUUUUCACGGUGUUGUGGGAACACUGUCUGCCUGGGAUAUAUAGGAAGAACUUGACUUAAAAAUUAAUCAAGCAUUUUUUUUAUAUAUAGAUCAUAUUAAGAAGACAUUUCAUACAUGUAGAGAAUAUGCUUCAGGACAUGAUUCCCACUUCUAUAAACACAAAAAUCCACAUCGUUGAUGAAAUCAUCCAACUGGCACUUACUGAGGAUGUUACUUAAUGACUAUUACAGUGGAGGGUGAAUGGAACGAAUUACUCAGCCUCUUGUUUUUCAUGGCUAAUCUUUGAUGUUACAUUCCACGGAAUAAUUGAUAAUUACUGAACAAUUAAAAGUAAAUAGCUAAAAUACAAUAUAUUUGAAAGGUUGUAGAUGUUUGAUACUUGCUUUUAAUAUUUGUGUACUCAUUUAUUUAUGGUUCCUUGAAAAAUUUGCUAUUUGUGAUUGUUAUCUGCAACUUUCUGAUGAUAUAACACCUGCCUCAGGGGCCUUUUCUUGGAGCCUUUGGGGAAAAUAGGGUAAAAAGUCACAUUAGUAGGAAAGAAUCAUGUCUGACUGGUUUCUGAGAAGAAUGACUCCAUUCCACCCUUUGAAUUAGGUAUUGGCGAAGUUAUUUUCCUAAUUUGUGUUUAGUUUCUGUAUCAAAUACCAUGACUAAAGCUAAGUUGGUCAGAAAAGGGUAUAUUUCAUCUUAUAGGUUAUAGUUGAUCAAGAGAAGCCAGGAUAAGGGCUAAAGUAGGAACCUGGAAGCAGGGACGAAGGAGGACAAUGGAGAAAUGAUGCCUGCUGGCUUGCUUUUUUUGGCUUCCUUUAUACAGCCUAGGACCACCUAUCAAGGUGUGGCACUGCCCAAAGUUGUCUAGGCCCUCUUAUAUCAGUCAUUAAUAAAAUGAAAACACUUGACAGAAAUGCCGAGAGUCCAGGCUGAUGGAUGUGGUUUCUUAAGAGUCUCUCUUCUCAAGUAACUCUAGUUUGUGUCAAGUUAAAAAGAUCUCACCAGAUCAUUUUUCAUCUGAAAGGGACAGGAUAUUGUAAAAUUACAGCAUAAAUUUAUCAAGUUUCUUGUGUAUGAUGGGGGCAUUCUGUGGGGCAAAAGCAAUGAAGUUGGAAAAGAUGAUCUACCAUCUGAUCAUGAGAUACAGAAACUGCCACAAAAUUAGUAUACUGCACUUUUUUAUGAAAUAAGAACAGUAAGCUACUAGGAUGGGUUGUUUGUCGAAUAAACUGCAGAAGACAUAGUGAACUUCUAUAUUGAGUGACAGCAGGUUUCACACGUAGGAAAUAAUAAUUUUUCUUACUUUUAAAAUUAAAGUGAGAGACAUUAUUAGAAUGGAAAAUUUAACCCAAAGAAAGUAUAGGGGCUAUGUAUGUAGCUAGUAGAGAAGCACUUGCGUCAUGCAUGUGCGGCCCUAAGUUCAAUGCUCAACAGUACCCCAAAGUAAAAAAAUACACAAAAGGUUUCUUAAGAGUGACAU